CCCACCUGUUAGGGUUUUGCCCCAAUUCCCUCUUCUUUCAAUUUCUAGGGUUUAUGUUGUCACCGGAAUUCGACUCAAUUUCACAGCUUUUCUGAUUCUGAUUGCCUUCUUGUUGCGUCAAUUUUAAUUACCGCUUUGAAAUUUAGACUUUUUUUUUACGCGCAGUAAAAUUCGAAAUUUUUGGGAUUGGGGGUUUGGGGAGGUGGGGUUUAAUUGGCUCUGGGUGAAGUGAGAAUUGAAGGAUUGUGAAGUGAAAUUUUUGAUUCGGAGGAGAAAGAAUGUUGGGUUUGAAGAUGGGUUGAUGUGAAAGUUAAAUUUUUCUCAAUGUGAUUUUUUUUUACUGUUACAGCAUGAAUGAAGUAUCUUAAGACGAGGGAGAUGGAUGUGAAGAGGUACAAUGCAGCUCAGGCAUUUGGUUCUGGCCUGCAUUUUCUGGGAGGGCAUGGCUUUGUCGAUUGGCGAAGAGGUCCUGGAGUCAGCCGGCUUCGUAGUUUGAUUAGAAAGAAGAUUACUGACAGAUUCUUGGGGUGUACUAAUGUGGCGGGAAACCACCUAGCAUCUGAUUUUGUGCUUGGCAUUGAAACCCAGCUAUUUAUGGAGGCUGCUUCACAGGACGACUAUGUGAAUGAGCAGACUCUGAAUGAUCGGGUGCUAAGUGCAGUUCAGGGCUAUCUGUAUGGUGCAAAGUCUGGUGGAAGUUCAAAUGACUUCCGUAUGAAAACUUCAGGGAUGCCACAAGGUUAUUGCAUCUCAAAUGCUGCAGAGACAUCUGUUCUUUGCUCGAGUACUGGAUCCAACUCCAUUGGGGCCCCUGUGGAUUAUUAUAAGCAGGGAGAUGCUUAUGGAUUCAAUACUUGUGAUGUGGACGUGCCUUCCUCAUUGGGCUCAUGGCAGGGUUCAUCUGAGACUGUUCUUCCUCUGGAGAACAGUUCAUCAGUCUCUGCUUAUUCCAAUGCCAAUCACUUCUCUGUUGUUGGAGGUUUAGAUGAUGGAACAUUUUCCCAUGGCGAGAACCUCCAGUACAGUUUUGAUGUAUCAUAUAAUUGUCAUGUUCAACAGCAAUAUCUUGACCACGGUGAAAUUGGAGCCUCUAAACUCACAAGUUGUCUGGGGAGUAACGAGAAUGCUGAAUCCAUGGUUUCUCCAUCUUCGUUUGGAGAAUGUUCAAUGUUCUCCUAUUCUAACUUAAUGACCCCCCAUCAUGUUGCAAUGCAAGUCCCUGAUGUCGCAACUCAUGAGGAUAUACUGCAGUCUGAAUCCAUCAUAGGAAAGUCUCAAAAUAACCUCAAACGACCCCAUCACCCCUAUUUGCAACCCUUAGUUCUUUCAGAGCAGUCACAAAGUUUUCAGCAGUCUGUUUCAGGUGGACACUGUUUAGGAAAUAUUGAAGACAUGCCUUCAAAAAGGUUGAAGAUGGAAAGUAAAAAGGAAAGCUUUCACUUAUUGGCUCCUGAAGGACUUCCAAACUUUCAGCCACACUCAAAAUCCGUAAUAAUUAAAUCUCAAGAAAACCAAAUUCAACCGUAUGAUCCAUAUUUGCAGCCUCAAGUUUCUUCAAAACAGUCAGAAUGUGAUGAACAGCCUACUUCAGAUGGACUCAGUUCUGGAAAUAAUGAAGAUCCACUGAUUUUCUCAAAAAGGGAUAAGAUGAAAAUCAAAUGGGAAAAUUCUUCUUCCUCGCCUCCAUCGGUUGUUCAGACCUGUAUUUCAGAAGGACUUUCAAACCUGCAGCACCAGUUUGAAUCUCCUUUAUCUGUUAAUUCUGAAGUAAAAGAAGCAAGGUUGGAACCAGUUGGAAGUACUAUACACAGUUCCAUGAGAAACUAUGAUGUUAGUGAUGCAGACAAUAUUAAACUCAAUGAUGAAAAUGUACCAGUUCUGCCUGGAGUAUUUGCUGGUUAUCAGAGGGAGCAAAUAGACCCUUCUAGCACCCGUGAUGUUAUAGGAAGUAUGAAACAAGUUUCUGGAAGGACAGGCUCGAGGAGUAUCAAUUUAUCUUUUCAAGACCUUAGUGUUGAUUCUAAAGACGGAGGAGUAAGGACUGAGUUUAUCCAAACAGAGCCAAAACCAGAGUGUGAUCUUAUGGAAGUGAAGCCGGGUCUUUCCUUAACUGAACUCUUCACAUCAGAGCAGAUCAAGGAACAUCUGUCGAGUCUUAGGCACAGCAUUGAUCAGGGUAACUUGAUGGAAGAUAAAGGAAUCAGUGAGCAAGUGUGUCAGCUGUGUGCAAUUGGUAAGAGGUCGUUUGCCCCAGCACCAAUGUAUUGUUCAUGCUGUAGUGCCCGUAUAAAACGCAGCGUAAACUACUAUCGCACACUAGACGAGCAUGCUGUACGCUUUUGUUUUUGUUCAAUGUGCUAUAAAGUGUCUCGAGGUGGAAAUAUCUCCUUUCGUGGUAUCUCUGUUUCAAAGGCAACACUUGGCAAAAAAAAGAAUGAUGAUGAAAUUGAAGAAUCAUGGGUUCAAUGUGAUAACUGUGAUGGCUGGCAACAUCAGAUAUGUGCUCUCUACAAUGAUAAAAGUGAUUUGGAUGGCAAAGCGGAGUACAUAUGUCUCAAAUGCUUGUUAAAAGAGACAGAACUUGGAGACCGCAAACCCUUGGUUGAAAAUGCUGUUUUCGGUGCUAAAGAUCUCCCAACUACCAAGCUUAGCGACCACUUAGAGAAAAGACUUAUUAGAUGCCUCAAGCAAGAGAGAGAAGAGAGAACAAAAGCUCAAGGAGAAGGAUUUUCUGAGGUUUCAAGAGCGGAAGGUCUUGUUGUCAGAGAGGUUUUAUCUGUUCAGAAAACAGUAAUAGUGAAGCAGCAGUUUUUAGGUCUCUUUCAUGACGAGAAUUACCCUACUGAAUUUCCGUACAGAUUGAAGGUUAUUCUAUUGUUUCAGAAGAUUGAAGGUGUAGAUGUAUGCCUUUUUGGAAUGUAUGUGCAAGAGUUUGGCUCAGAAUGUAGUCCUCCAAAUAAGCGAUGUGUUUAUAUCUCGUAUCUUGAUUCCAUCAAGUACUUCAGGCCUGAGAUAAAAACUGUGACAGGAGAAGCUCUUCGUACCUUUGUUUACCAUGAAAUCCUCAUAGGUUACCUUGAUUUUUGCAAGAAACGAGGUUUCGUGACCUCCUAUAUAUGGGCAUGCCCCCCAUGUAAGGGUGAAGAUUAUCUUUUAUAUUGCCAUCCACCAGAGCAGAAAACUCCCAAGUCUGAUAAGCUGCGUCACUGGUAUCAGGUAAUGAUAAAAAAAGCAACAGAAGAAAAAAUUGUGGUUGGUUCCACUAAUUUAUAUGAUCGCUUUUUUAUCCCUACUGGGAAGUGCAACUCCAAGGUAACAGCUGCUCGUUUGCCAUAUUUUGAUGGCGACUAUUGGUCCACUGCUGCUGAAGAUUUGAUAAAGAAGAUGGAGCAGGAAAAAACAAAUGAGAAAAAGACAGUAAGAACGAGAACUUUGAAAGCGAUGGGACAUACAAGUCCGUCUGAUGGUUCAACAAAAGAUAUUCUACUGAUGCAAAAGCUGGGUCAAACCAUUUUACCUAUAAAGGGGGAUUUCAUGGUUGUCUACUUGCAGUAUGUUUGCACCCACUGCCAUGAAGCAAUAUUGUCUGGGGUCCAAUGGUCAUGCAGCCAUUGCAAAAAUUUUCACCUGUGUGAAAGAUGCCAUGAUGUUGAGCGUAACCUUUAUGGGAGAGACGUUCACAUUUCGAUCAACAAGGAACAACAUGUGCUCGCUCAAGUUAUGGUGAACGAUAUUCUUCCUGAUACUGAGGGUGAAGAUGUUAUUCUGAACAAUGACUUAAUUGAGAAUAGGUAUUCUUUCUUGAGUUUUUGUGAGAAAAAUCAUUAUCAGUUUGACACACCUCGCCGGGCCAAGUAUUCCUCAAUAAUGAUUUUGCAUCACCUUCGGAAUCUAACUGCGAGAACUGCUGGGAACAUAUGCAGCAUUUGCCAUAAAGAUGGUGUAACUGAUCGGAUCUGGGUAUGUGGGGUCUGCCCAGAGUUUGAUGUCUGUGCAAAAUGCUAUCAAGAGAAAGGCAGUUCUUGUCACAUACAUAAAUUGACCCCGACAGUUUGCCAUAAAGAAAAGAGCUCUCCCACUAUUAGUCAUGUGACCGAUGACUCUCCUUCAGUUAGCCGUGUGACAGAGCGCUCUCCUGCUGUCAACCAUGUGACAGAGAGCUCUUCCUCAGUUAGCCAUGUGAUGGAGAGAUCUCCCCCACUGAGCCAUGCGACUAGGAGUACUAAAGCACAGUUAAAUGCAGUGAUGAUAAAGAAAAUGGUUGAUGCUAUGCAACAUGCGUCUAGAUGUCCAGCUACCACCAGUCAGCCUUGCUCUUACCCAGACUGUCUCCAAAUAAGAAAGUUAUUUUGGCAUGUAUGUAGAUGCACUGUUAGAGUACCUGGAGGUUGUACCCUCUGUCAGAAGGCAUGGAUUGGAAUGAAGUCUCAUUCUGUACACUGUAAAGAAUCAAAUUGCAGAGUACCACGUUGCAUGGACAUGAGGAAAUUUGCAGAGCAGCAGCAGGCACAGACGACCAAUCAGAUAGCUAGCAAUGAAGGUUGCUGAGAGAUGGUUCAAUUGUACAGAUAGAUGGACUGUCAACACCAGCAGCCUGGCAGAGUAGUAGCAUCUUCAACAGCACAGGAUCCCAAGUACAUUACUGUUACACCUAACUUGAAAGAACAUCACCCUCUAGGCUUCCCCUUUUAAGGGGUUAGGGUGCCCUUGUAAGUUUAGUAGCAAUUUUUGAAAACCACAUGAUCAAUAAAAUCGUUUUCGAUUAAAUCAUUGAAAGAUCAACAGUCGGAAGGAUUGUUUCCCUUUCUCAAAGGGAGCUGCGAUUCCUUU